UUAUAGAGCGUAAGCCCAGGACUGGUUAAGACAGAAAUUUUUAAGUAUUCUUUAGGAGAUGAAAUGGAUAGAAUAAUUUAUGAUAAAUAUCCAAGUAUCAGCCCUACAGAUAUAGCUUCUGCCAUUGAAUACAUAAUACGAUCUCCAGAAAAUGUAACUAUAAGUGAAAUAAAUAUUAAACCUACUGGAUCAGAAACGUGA